AGGAAGAACGCAGGGACCCUUUCACCAAACGCUGUUAUGAUACUGGCUGUGCACUGCUCCGGUGUUAUGGCAGAUGCGGAGGGAUUUGAGCUGCAGCCGGGCGCGCCAAAUCGUGACGCUUUCAUUGUCUGCGAUGCCUGAAUCUUAGCAGGCUGCAUUUACAAGGAUGCAUCAGAUGAUAACUGCGCAGGGAUGCCUCCGCUGAACAUGGAGAAACAGGGCGUCUGUUACAAUGAUGAAGGCUCCUUCCGUUUUGUUUUGAUCACGGGCCACCCACAGAAUCACUGCAACGCUUGCUAUGGACAACUUAAACGCUCCUCUCACCCAUCCAUAUGAAGAACAUUGCGCAGUGCAGUGAAAACAGGAUAUCGUGUUGUGGAUUUCCAAUCGGUGGUGAGUAUAUUACCUAAUAAGCUGCUGUUUAACUGGGUAUCAGUUCCCAGUAUAGGCUGUAUACAUCCUACAGAGCGUGUUGGUGCACAGUCAAUGUAAGGAGCUUUGUCCAGUGGUGAGAGCCACUCUCCAAAGGGUACAGAUGAGAGGCAAACAAUAUCAUCAACCACUGAAGUUGACAGCGCCUUGGGAGAAGGAUGCUGGCUUUGGGAGGAAGCUUAAAACCUACAGGAAUCAUACCAAGAUAAUAGCACAGCCUGGGAUCGUGAUGAAAGUCCUCCGCAGGAAGAGGAUUGUGUUAUUUAUGGCCUACUUCUUACUGCUGGUCCUCACUAUGCUUAACUUGGCUAAUUAUAAAUGGACUAAAGAGCCUCAGCAGUGUAAUCAUCAGAUGAGGAGCACCACUUACCAGAGCAGAUCUGACAUUCGCUUCCUGUACAGGCCCUCUCUGGCUAAAAAGAGACAGCUUAUCUAUGUGCUGACCACCUGGAGGUCAGGUUCGUCCUUUUUUGGGGAGCUUUUUAACCAAAAUCCUGAAGUGUUCUUCUUGUAUGAGCCAAUGUGGCACAUCUGGCAGAAACUGUACCCGGGCGAUGCAGUGUCUUUACAAGGGGCAGCUAGGGACAUGCUUAGCUCCUUAUACCGCUGUGAUCUGUCUGUUUUCCAACUUUACAACAGCCCCGGGGGCAAGAAUUUCACCUCCCUGGGACUAUUUGGGGCCACCCUCAAUAAAGUGGUGUGCUCCUAUCCCCUGUGCUCAGCCUACAGGAAAGAGGUGGUGGGGAUGGUGGACGAUAAGGUGUGUAAAAAGUGCCCCCCUCAAAGCCUUAGACUGUUGGAGGAGGAGUGCCUCAAAUAUAACACCAUAGUCAUUAAGGGGGUGCGCAUUUUGGACGUUAAUGUGUUGGCCCCCCUCAUGGAGGAUCCGUCCUUGGAUUUGAAGGUGAUACACCUGGUUAGAGACCCGCGGGCUGUGGCUAACUCCCGGAUCAAAUCCAGACACGGACUGAUAAGGGAGAAUUUACAGGUGGUCCGCAGCAGGGAUCCUAAGCUACGCCGGAUUCCUUUUGUGGAUCCUGGUCACAAAGCCAACAAGAAGGAUGGCGCAGACUACCACUCCAUAGGAGCCAUGGAGGUGAUCUGCGACCGGACCUCCAGGACUUUGAGGACUGCCUUAAACCCACCCAGCUGGCUGAAAGGGAAGUACAUGGCCGUGAGAUAUGAGGACCUGGUCGAGAACCCAGUUAAGACCUUGCGGAACAUCUACCGGUUUGCCAACCUCACCACCAACCACGACAUCGAGUCAUUUGCGCUGAACAUGACCAGCGGCUCCAGCUCCUCAUCUAAGCCAUUCAUCGUCUCGUCCAGGAAUGCCACACAAGCUGCUAGUGCAUGGAGAACAGUUCUCAGCAUUCAACAGAUCAAACAAGUGGAGGACUACUGUCACCAUGCUAUGUCUGUUCUAGGCUACGAACGAGUCAGAACAGCCGGGGAGGCCAAGGACUUGAGCAAAUCACUACUGACACACUCCAAACUGUGAAAAAGUACUGACCACCAAAGACCUUUUAAUUUAAUGUUCAUUUUGCAUCGAGUGCCGUUUCCUCUUAUUGUGGAAUUAAAGCUUUACUUUAAAUCAAUGUUCGAGGAGCUCCGAUGGCCACAUUUGGAAUGUAUCAUGUUUCUCUUGGUUGAAUUGCAGUGGUGUUUGAAGGGACCACUUCUUUUAUACUGGAAUAAUGGAUGUGUUUGACAAUGCAAGGCCUAUGAACAAAGACUUAAUUAGUGAAGCUGCAACAAUGAAAAAAACAACAACUGUAUAAUUCAUGUAUCUUGUUAUGAUGACACUUCAAAGGUGAUAUUUUGGGGUUAUUUUUGAAUGUUCAAAACCUUUACGAAAAAUCUGUUUUUUCAGUCUCCAUACUGUCUGUAAAAGUGAAAAAUAGUUGAUGAAAGAAAAACAAAAAAAUAAGAACAACUGACAAAAAAAAAUCUCAUUGCUAAUGUUUAUUUGUAAGAUCUGGUUGAAGUCAGAGACAAUCAAUAAAUUGGUUUGUUGAUGUGCCAUAGGUAGAGGUGUGAUGACUAGGCUACAUCUGAGCAGCAGUAGUGUUAUUUCUAGAUUUAAAAAAAAGAAGGCUGUUAUCAUUUUUGUCACCAAAUCCUUGUAGGAUGAUAUCAUGCACUGUGGAUAAUGUCAUGGCUCUGGAGCUGGAAAGUCUCGCUCAGUAUCAGUGUAAGCAGUCUGUUCUACCAUUUCAAAUGUUUACAAUUGCUUGCUCUUAUAAAAACACAUGAUCUGGGAAUAUUGCAUUGAGUAAAGUUCACAGUUAACAAGA